CCGGCCUCAGCCCCUGGCCCGGGGCGGCCCCCGGGGGCCUCCGCGAGGCCGCGGCCAGCAGCAGAGGCAGCGGCGGCGGCGCGGCGGGGCCGGGCGGCAUGGCCCGGGGCGAGGCCAGCCUCCUCCGCUGGCUGCGGGAGGGCCGGAGCUCCCGGAGGCUCAUCCUCCUCAUCGUCUUCAUCGCCCUGCUCCUGGACAACAUGCUGCUCACCGUGGUCGUGCCAAUAAUUCCCAGUUACCUUUACAGCAUCAAACAUGAGAAAAAUGCAUCAGAAGUCCAGACUACUAAGCCUAACGUAGUUUCAGCAACGAUGGACAAUUUUCAGAGUAUCUUCUCCUACUAUGACAACUUGACGAUGGUUACUGGGAACGAGUCUGCUCAGCUGGGCCCCAGAGAGCUGCCCCACACCCCGACAGAACAGAUGACAGUGAACGUGACUGUGACUGCUCCUCCAUCUGAUUGCCCGAAGGAGGACAAGGACCUGCUGAAUGAAAAUGUUCAAGUUGGGCUAUUGUUUGCUUCAAAGGCAACAGUGCAGCUGAUCACUAACCCCUUCAUAGGGCCACUGACAAACAGAAUAGGCUACCAGAUUCCGCUGUUUGCUGGCUUCUGCAUCAUGUUUGUGUCAACGAUCAUGUUUGCCUUCUCAGGAAGCUACACAUUACUGUUUAUUGCAAGGUCCCUCCAAGGAGUGGGCUCCUCUUGUUCUUCAGUUGCAGGGAUGGGUAUGCUGGCCAGUGUAUAUACAGACGAUGAAGAGAGAGGCAAUGCGAUGGGGAUCGCACUGGGAGGACUUGCUAUGGGGGUAUUAGUGGGCCCACCUUUUGGGAGUGUCAUGUACGAGUUUGUGGGGAAGAGCUCGCCGUUCCUCGUGCUGGCAGCGCUGGCUCUGCUAGACGGAGCUGUUCAAUUAUUUGUUCUGCAGCCAUCCAGAGCGCAGGCAGAAAGCCAGAAGGGGACACCGCUACUGACACUUUUGAAGGACCCAUAUAUCAUUAUUGCAGCAGGCUCAAUCUGCUUUGCAAACAUGGCUAUCGCUAUGCUUGAACCAGCUUUACCCAUCUGGAUGAUGGAGACCAUGUGUUCCAAAAAAUGGCAACUUGGCAUUGCUUUUCUUCCGGCUAGUAUCUCAUAUCUUAUCGGGACUAAUCUUUUUGGGAUACUUGCGCACAAAAUGGGAAGGUGGCUCUGCGCUUUACUCGGGAUGCUAAUCGUGGGAGUAAGCAUUUUAUGCGUACCAUUUGCUAAGAACAUUUAUGGGCUCAUAGCACCCAAUUUUGGAGUUGGAUUUGCCAUUGGAAUGGUGGACUCCUCCAUGAUGCCCAUCAUGGGCUACCUCGUGGAUCUGCGCCACGUGUCAGUCUAUGGCAGCGUGUAUGCCAUAGCUGAUGUUGCCUUUUGCAUGGGCUUUGCAAUAGGUCCCUCUGCUGGUGGUGCCAUUGCAAAGGCAAUUGGAUUUCCAUGGCUCAUGACAAUUAUAGGGAUCGUGGAUAUCCUCUUUGCUCCUCUGUGCUUUUUCCUUCGAAGUCCACCUGCCAAAGAAGAGAAAAUGGCAAUACUCAUGGAUCACAACUGCCCCGUUAAAACAAAAAUGUAUACCCAGAACAACAUCCAGGCCUACCCGAUAGGUGAUGAAGAAGAAGAGUAUGAAAGCGAUGAAUAACAGUAAAAGCCAUAUAAGCUGUUUUGGUGUACAAAAUGCAGUGUUUCAUGUGAAACAUCUCAUCCAGGAAUAUGUUUUAGUUGUACUGUAGAUUUAAUAGUGAAAUGGUCAAAAAACCAAAGGUAUAUUAAUCAUCUCCCAUGGUUAUAAAGCAGACUGCUAACUGCCUUAUAAGGAGGGAAAAAAGCUUUUAUAGAGGAUUUGUAUAGUGUCUACCUUUAUUUUGUGUAUUUAAUUUCAUUGAAUAUUACACAGUAUAUUUUUGAUUAAAUGUGUAGUGUAAAUCUGUAUAAACGUGAAUUUAAACUAUUUGAUUUUUCAAGUCAACUCAAAGACCUAUAACGCUUCACAUUCUGUUUGGAGUCAUAAGAACGAACCACUCUCUUGAAUAUAACUUCUCUGAUUUAUUCUAUUGAUUAAAGCCAACCAAACGCAAAACCCUUGCAAAGCUCAAAGAAAACCUAUCAAAUUUCCAGUUUUUUAAAUUGUACACACAAGUGCUGAAGGCUGAAAUUAAGAGUGUAAACACUGCUGUGAGAUUUUUGAUCAAUUUUGGAUCAAAUAUUAUUAAAAUAAAAGGCACGACUACUUUGCAAUUUGAAAAAUGACCUGACCACGCAUAGAAUGCUUCGAAAAAAAUAGUUUGAAGAGAUAAGUAUAUUGCUGUUAGUACAAUUUAAUGAAGUUUUAAUCAGCUAAGGAGUUGUGCAAGAUGAAGUGCCCAAAGACACAUACAGUACCGGGUAAACAAGUAUGUUUGAAUGUACAUAGUUCCUUUUCCUGAAAGGGAAUAAGAACUACGUGAAGAUACUUGUUUAUAUUUGUAUCUUUUGGAUCUUAUUUUUAAUAUCUCAAGUUUAUUUUAGAUGCAUCCUAAGUGACUGGCUAGAAAAAAAUGCAGUAUCAAAGUAUUUAGAUUCAGCAUGUACUGCAAGUAAGCUAGUAACUUAAGAAGUUCACAGAAAUACUUUACAUAUAUUUGCAUAUACAUCUAGAAAUUAAGCAUAUAUCUAUUUUUUUCCAAAAAAUGAAAUAAAAGUAUCAACUUUCCCAAAGAUAAUGAAAAAUGUCCUGUUUGUCACCAAUUUCUCUUUACAUCUGGGGAGAUGGUCUAAUAGAGGAACACAGCACUGGAUUACAUGGUCUCUGUCUGCAAUGAGAAAAAUAUGACUUUGAAAGAAAGCAUUUAAAACGAUUCACAAUGUUCUUAUCAACUGUGGUGUAUCUUUUUAUUUGUAAAAUUAAAAUCUUUAUGUGCCUUCUUCCAUGUAAUUGCAGAUGUUUUAUGUACUGCAGCUAUAGAUACUAUGUUUACAUAUAGUUUUGUAAAGUGUAUAUACUAUGGUCAGAAAAUAUGAAAAAAAUAGUGGAUCAAACUUCAAAUACUGCUUUGUCAAAAAUUAUGCAUUCAGACCACAUUAAAAUAAAGGUAUCUAAAAUAA